GGCCUUUUGUCGAUAGUCGCAAUCCGCCAUGUCUGAAAAAUCUAACGACACCACAUCUGUCGUAAAUACGUCUACAUUGGACGGUUUUGAUACUGAUAAUGAGGGAGAUGAAGAUAUCCACUUCUGUAAAAAAUGUCGUAUCAUGUUUACAAGCCUGGAGGAAUACCUUCAGCACAAAGUCAAACACGACAACUUCAAGGUUACAUUUUCACGCUCUGGUCACGAUAGGCGAAUGAUUGUCCCAAAACUGAUUCAGAAACAAACAGGUAUCUCUGUGGAGAAUGAAGACAAUCGGACUGGAACGGAAGGGUCGGAGAAAGAAAACACUGGUACAAGAAAAAAGAAAAGAGGUCGGAAGAGAAAGACGAAGGAUUCUGUGAAAGAGGUUAACCAGGAAUUAGUAAUAACAGACAAGCCAGCAUACUACUGUCCUAAAUGUGACAUCAAAUUUAACAGAGAGGCAACUUUAAGGAGACAUGUAGAGUAUGUGCACGACUCCACUGGAGACUACACGACCAAUGUGGGAGAGGAAGAAGGGGAGGGGGAAGAAGUUGAAGCUAAUAUAGGACGUGUGGUCAAACGGGACGAACCAGGGGAGGAUAACUGUGAGGAUCCAGACUACAAACAAGUGAAAUCCAGCACAAUAGCAACAGAUGUUGAACGGCGAUUUGAAUGUCACAUCUGUCAGAAUAGAUUCAAAGAGAUAAAUAUUUUGAAAAGCCAUCUUCUGACUCACAGCAACAAGAGGGAUUUUCCCUGUGGUAUAGAGGGCUGUGUUUUUGCCUUUAAAACAAAAGGCUCCCUGAAACGCCAUAUGAGGAGGCAUACAGGAGAACGACCAUUUUCUUGUUCAGCUUGUGAAAGAUCUUUCACAGAAUCAGGUGCUUUAACACGACAUAUGAAAUCAAGGAUCCCUUGUACCAGUAAGAGUGAUCAAGAUCUGCCCCGGUAUGGGAAGCGGUGGUCGUUUGUGUCCUCGCAGACAUCAUCAGAGGAGGUUAUCACCACAGUGGACGGGAGGGAAGCAUGUGAGCUGGAGGAGGGCGAGAUACUGCCGACAGAGGUUGUUGAUAUGGAUGUGGGAACAAGCGAAAUAAUGGUACAUGAACAGGACGCAUCUUGUUUUGAAGUGAUUCACCUUGCUGACAAGGAUAUGUCCGUUUUAGAGACACAGGAAAAUGUCACAUCAACUCAAUGUAAGGUUUGUAAGGUGGACUUCUCAAGUGUGAGUGCCCUACGAAUACACCUGAGGACACAUUUGGCAGACAUGUCUUUCCGCUGUGGUAUGUGUCACUACGUAGCAGAGAAACGUGAACAGCUGGCCAGUCACAUGUUGUCUAUGCACCAAAGCCAGGUCAAGGGCACAGAACAAGCGGACGCUGUGAUUCCCAUCACCAGUUGGACAGAAGACAGUCUGGACAAAGAGAAACAGUCACUAAAUGCAAAGGCAGCUAUCCAGCAGAUGUUACAACUGCCGACAGAUAACAGCUUGUUUGGUGCUGGUGAUGCGACCCCUGACAUUGUCAGGACUGUGUACAGGUGCCCAGUCUGUAACAAAACAUUCAGAGCCAACAGCAACCUCAGACUCCACAUGAAGUCUCACACAGGUGACCGCCCCCACAAGUGUUCGCACUGUGACAAGUGUUUUGUGACCAAGGACACACUGUGUAAACAUCUGAGUGUGCACAGUGAGGAGAGGCAAUACAAGUGUGGAGAAUGUGGCAAGCUCUUCAAACGCAUCUCCCAUGUACGAGAGCACCUUAAAAUCCACAGCUCAGACCGACCCUUCCCUUGUGCUAUGUGUGAAAAGUCCUUUAAGACAGGAAAUGCCAUGAAAGUACACAUGAGGACACAUACAGAUGUCAUGCCAUAUGUGUGUCCAUAUUGUCACAGACACUUCAGAGAGAAGGGCUCUCUAAACCGUCAUGUUCGUAUGCACACCGGAGAAAAACCAUAUGUAUGUAAACACUGUGGAAAGUCAUUCUCAGAGCACGGCACACUCAACAGACAUCUCAGGGCUAAAGUGCCAUGUUCACACCAGAUAAACCUUGAUGACACGGAGGGGCCUAAGGGGCCCUACCCCACCGUGCUGGCAGAGUUCUCCUCUGUGGCAGACACACAGCAGUACAUCACCACACAGGACGAGGGAGACAACGAGCAACAGCAGCAGGUGGAGAGUCAGACAGAAUAUGUUGUACUACAGACAGAUUUGAGGGAUGAAAACCUGCACAAUGUGGAAAUAAUCACAGAAGGUGAAGUGGACACUACCAUGCUGGAGGGUAUGCAGGUAACUGACGACUACAUCGUCGUCACCGAUAGCGACCAGGGCAUGAAAAUACUCGACUCCAAAACAGGGGAGACAAUUGCUAUGAUGCCACUGUCAUCACUUGCUGACGGGGACAAUCAGCUCAUUACUAUGACAGCUGAAAAUGAAAUUGAGGCUGUUGCUAUGGCCCCUGGUUCAACAUUAGACUUGUCUGAUUCUAUAGUGGAACAGGCCAUGAUGGUAGCAAAUGUUGAGGAGCAGGUUGAAACCACGGAAUCUCCAAUACAGAGUAUUGUGGAUGGUACAAUUUCAGGUAUCGUCACCGAACAAAUGAUUAUAACAUCUGAGGCAGCUACAAACAUCACAGAGAGUGUGACAGAGUAGUGUGCUGGUUACUGAACACAGGAUGGAUUUCAGAAUUAUUUGGUGACAUGUUCGUUUUUGCAAUCAGGUGGAUCUGUGCAUUCAGUAUGGGUACAAAUAUUCAUUAAGUAACAUCACAGCUCGAAGUUCAGCAUUACAUGAAUUUGAUUUUUUUCUCUACAAAGCAAGACCUGUUUACAUUGAUAAAUAACAGCGAUUCUUGCCACAGUCUGCUUUAUGAUUUUCAAUGCAUAAUGAUGACAUAAUUUAUUCUUUCCAAUCAAUUGUCAGGAAUAUUCAGGGAUUAUACAAAGGUUUUUUACCUCUAACAAAGACAGGCUUCAAAUGCUACUAUUUGACAGAAAAUUUGAAAUUUUAAGGUGAGGAUCCGGAGUUCUGUGACAUAUACAUAUAUAAUGUACUGUGUGCAUAUGUUGUUAUUUCUGUACAGAUGGUGGUCAGCCCUGUGCAACAGCAAUCACCACAAAUCUGUUGUCUCUUUAUCAAGCCACUGAUUUAGUGGACAGUUUCGACUAUUUUUUAAUGAAUAAUUGUCCACAUUAAUCAAGUUGUUUCACAAAACACCACUUCUGCUUAAAAAAGAGAGGUGGCUGGAUUUUCAAGACUCUACUGUAAAUCCUUUAAGAAUUUGUGUGCAUGCCGAUUUGGGAACCUAUCCAUGUUUAUGUUUAGUAAAAAUAAACAUUAUGCAAUAUAUCUCAUAUAAAACUAUUUCUUUUUCAAUAUUAUUGUAAAGAAUCUUAUGUCAAAAUUUGUGCAAUACACAUCAUAGCCUCAUUCUGGAUUUCACAAUCAUCCUCUGUUUAUAUCACAAUCAGGUGUUUUAUACCACACUGUAGUAAUAGGUCGAAAUGUCAUAUGAAAGGAUUUUUGUCAGCUAAGAUUGGAUUUUGAUUGGUGGAGAGGUGUCCAACGGCAUGACAAAAUACGAAGAUAGAGAUGUAUAUGAAUUAAAUAUUUUAUGUAAAUAUGUGUUUUAAAUAACUGUAUUUACAUUUCAGUAUUGUUAUAACAUUUUCAGAAAUUUAAAAAAAAAAAUAGUCAGGGCACUGGGCCCCCACCCUUCAAAAAAUAAAAGAAUUGAUGGAUAAAAAAAUAGCCUUAUGGUAACUGAUCCUUUUUUCAAAAACUUGAUGGCAUCUGUACAGAAUUAAGGUACACUUAACCCUCAAUAUAAUGCCCUGUGUCUCACUUAACUCACCGUUGUCGACGUCAUACCAUUAGUCUAUGUCUACUUUUGACGAAUCUUCUGAAACUUUGCCACUUUGUUUACCACACACAUGAUGUCAUUUUAUGUCAUCGUUUUCUUUUAAAAGAAGCCAACCAUCCCUUACUCGAUGGGACCAUUCCACCAUCAAUUGUCUUCUUUUUGUCUUAAUCAUGCAUUGACAAAUCAGUGCAAUUUCUCAUUAUGUAUCCGUCAGUAACUUAUUUCAUAGGUUCCUAUCUGGGGAUUAUUAUAGGUUUACUAUAUUGGAAAAUUCAGCCAACAAAUACUCGGUACCCUGUGGCCCUUGCAUACUGGUAUGUCAAACACCUAUUCUUGUUGAAGGUAGGAUUUUACCGAAUCUGUGCUGUUGUCAUUUAUUUGUUUACUUUUUAUGUAAAUAUCAUUUUUUCAAAUUUUUAUGUCGUUGAUUAUUAAAAUUGUGUAUGAAAGGA